GCCCACCCAACUGAGCUGUGCGCCUGCUGUCAGUAUAGAGUAUUAUAGUGUUAGUUGUGUAUUAGUGAACGCAGGCAGUUUUCAUGUAGUGUGUCUUAAAAAAGUAAUAAGACGCGAGCUGAAAUUAAAAUAUCGUCCAUUUCGCAAAAAGUAUUACAGAAGACGCGUUAAAAAUUUUAAAUACGUAGCAGAUUUUUAUCAGUAUAUAUAUAUACAUAGCAAUAUAUAUAUUUAUAUCAAUUUAUAUAUAUAUUUACCAGUUCAUAUUUCAGGAGAAUGCUUCUGGCCAAACAGAACAGUUUUAAUAUGCUGGACAGCGAUACUGAGGUGCAGGCCGAUGCGAUAUCCAGUUCCAGUCAGGACCUCAAAUCCUACUCAGAUGGCGAAUUAAAUAAGGCGACACAACAACUACCACAGCAGCAGCAGCAACAGCAACAACAGCAGCAACAGCUGCAACAGCAACAACAACAGCAGCAGCAGCUGGUCCAUUUACCUUUUAAGCAUCCACUUGAGCACACCUGGACAUUGUGGUAUUUGGAGAAUGAUCGCAGCAAGAGCUGGGAGGAUAUGCAAAAUGAAAUAACUAGCUUCGAUAUGGUCGAAGAUUUCUGGAGUCUAUACAAUCAUAUAAAGCCGCCUUCGGAGCUCAAGAUUGGCAGCGAUUAUUCGCUGUUUAAAAAGGGCAUACAACCCAUGUGGGAAGAUGAGACGAAUAACGAUGGCGGUCGUUGGGUCAUCAGCAUCGGGCGCUGCAGCAAAUUGGAGCUGGACAAGCUAUGGCUGGACGUGCUGUUAAUACUGAUUGGUGAGGCUGUUCAGCAUACCGAGGAAAUCUGUGGCGCUGUCAUCAACUUGCGCAGCAAGAGCAACAAAAUCUCAAUUUGGACCGCCAACGGGCACAACGAAACAGCCGUCAUGGAGAUUGGCUACAAGCUGCGUAAACUGCUCGGCCUGCCGCCGCACAAUCUCCAAUACCAGAUGCACAAGGACUCGAUGAGCAAACAGGGAUCGCUGGUGAAAGCCGCUUACAUACUCUGAGCCCCACGUAUGUUAUUAAGUUUUGCUUUGACAGUCUGUUGUUGCAAACUCCCCACAUCAACUAGCCACCCCAAAACGGUUUCGCUGUCAAGCCCCCUCCCCCAUCACUUAUUUCACUGUAUCUCUCUACCUUUAUCUCUAUAUAUAUUAAUGUAUAUAAGGCAGUUGACUGCGCGUGUAUUCCAAAAAUGUAAAAAAAAAAGAAAACCAAAAAAAGUAAAUAAAUUGUUUUAUUAAUUUUUAGUAUGAAAAAAA